UUUACGCAUUUUUACACUUAUUUUUUUCACCGCGGAACGUUUCUCACUGGAUGAGUUUCGGAGGACCGAUUAUACUGGAGCACCAACUAGCGUCCAUGACUUCAGACAACAACAAACCACAGUGAACAUGAACGAAGAAGCUGACGAGACCGUGUCGGGUGGCCCCGUGAAUGGGAAAUCUUCUUAUAAUAAACACACGGAUGGAAGCGUCGAUAAGAGCGUGGUUGUGUGCAAGCUGUGCAACAAGGAAUUCACAUCGAGCCUCAAGUAUCACCUCAACGCAACACAAUUAGCAGCUAGCGUGGACGUACAAGGACCCACACCCAACCCACACUGCACCAGAUGACUGGUUUAAGGACCAGGCUGGUUGCUGGGUCUAAAGCGCGGAGGACAGCGCCCCCUGCUGCCUUCACCCGCAAACGCAACUUACGUUGUCUGCCUGCAAAAUAGAAAAACACAGCUUCCCACUGAGGAUUAUUUACGUAAGCUCCUCACAGGAGCACCCAAGGAGAAAGCUAAAUCUCUGCUAAAUGUCAAUGAAACCGGUGCCGUGUACUCCUGUCCCAUCACGACGGACACGUCCGACUGCUCCAGGAUGGACCUGGUCAGCACAACGAACCCGUCUGAGAUGGUGGAGGGCAUGUGGCUGGGGGUGACGGUGGCGAGCCAGAGGAGCCGGCAGGCGGGACGCGUGCUGGCAUGCGGGCAUCGCUACGUGAAGAUCAUGCAAGGAGGCUCAGAGGAGCAGCGCCGGAUGGUGGGAAAGUGCUACGUCCGGAGCAACGACCUGACCUUUAACCCCAACGACGAGUGGCAGACCAACAGCUACGAGGUCUGCAACCCCACAUACGACAUGGAUCUGGAGGGCAUGUGCAACAUGGGCAUCUCGGGCGGCAUGACGGACACCGACGUCUACACCGGCGCCGCCGGCAGCUACCUGUGGCAAGGAAACGUUCACGUGACGUGGAGAGAUCCGGACCCGGCGAACGCCUGGGACUCUCUGACCAAAGACUUUGGACUGCUGUUGAGACCCGACCAGAACAGACCAGACGAGAAGAAGCGAUACAGUUACAUGGGUUACUCGGUCCUCGAGGAGCGGAAGCUGCUCAGCCGUGACGAGUACACGGUGGUGACGGGGUCUCCCAGGGAGGAGUCCAGGGGCGCCGUGACCUUCGGGACAAAGGCCAACACCAAGAUCGACCCGGUGCUGGUCAUCCCCGGGGAACAGGUGGGCUCGUACUUUGGCAGCAGCCUGGCCAUCGCCGACCUCAACAACGACGACUGGAACGAUUUGAUCGUGGGCGCCCCGUUUUACUUUGACCGCAUGAAGGACGAGGGAGGGGCCGUGUACGUCUUCAUGAACGAGAACGGGUCGUUCCAGCAGAAGGCCAGCGCCGUGCUGAAGGGCCCCUCGGCCUCCGCCUUCGGCUUCGCGGUGGCUCCCAUCGGCGAUGUCAACCAGGACGGGUUCCAAGACUUUGCAGUGGGAGCGCCAUUCCACGAGGGAGGGCGGGUCUACAUAUGGCUGGGAAGCAAGGCGGGGAUCUCCAACGACUACAGUCAGGUCAUCGAGGGCAAGUCACUGGUCAAGCACACAGAAUUCCACACAUUCGGCUACUCCAUCAACGGCGGGAUGGACGUGGAUGGGAACGGCUACCCGGACAUCCUGGUGGGCUCUCUGGACGACCGCGUGGCCCUGCUCAGGGCUCGACCCGUCAUUCACUUGACCAAGGAAUUCAAUGUGGAGCCAAAGAUUGUGGACCCUAAAGAGUGUCCUGCAAGUACGCCGUGCAUCACAGCGACUCUGUGUUUGUCCUUCACUCUCAGCAACGGAAACAAAGACUUCAAGAAAGAUAUCACGGUGCAGUACGAGGUGGAGGCCGACGUGGACAGAAGGCGAAGCCCUCGUGUUCGCUUCCAGAACAACGACGACACGGGUUCCCUGAGCCUGCCGGCGUCCACAAAGAUCUGUCAUUCCCUGAAACUGACCGUCGUGGAGCCUGUGCGAGACAAACUGCAAUCGGUGGUGUUUUCCCUCAAAGUGUCCUUGGCUGAGAAGAACCCUAAAUCCAGAGGAUCCGUGCAGAACCUCGACGCCUUCCCCAUCCUCAGCCAGCAGCAGACCCUCACUCAGAGAGCCGAGAUCAACUUUCAGAGGGAGUGCGGCUCCGACAACAAGUGCAGCAGCAACCUGCAGCUGAAAGCCCACUUUGCUGACGAGCACUACAAGCCGUACCCCAGGUAUGGGAAGUUCCAGAAGGUCCAGUUCAACAGCGACAUGAAGAUAAUUUCGCUGAUGGUAAACGUCACCAACCUGCCGGCGGCGGGGAAGCUGGGUGAAGACGCCCACCAGGCCGCGCUCAACGUCACCGUCCCCGACGCGCUGCGGUACUCUGCCGUCAGGUCCACGGAACACGAUGUGCAGUGCAGCACGCAGGAGACGUUGAUCUGUGAGCUGGGAAAUCCGCUCAGAGGCAGCGAAGUGGUGUCGCUGGAACUCAGGUUUGAGACCUCCGGGAUCAAUUUGUACACUCAGGAGAUUGAGACCCUGCUGCUUCUCUCCACUCUUAGUGAGCAGAGUGACCUGAAGCCUGUGCCCGUGGCCCUGUUGAUUGAAAACACCAUCCUCCCCUCCUUCUCCGCAGCCAACCCGCCGGUGUCCCAGUUCAGCGGGACGGUGAUGGGCGAGUCCGCCAUGGUCAACGACAGUGACGUGGGCAGUCUGGUGGAGUUCCGCUUCCACGUGAAUAUGAAGGAACAGUCCCUGGGGGACUUGGGGACCCUGGCUGUGGAGUUCGAGUGGCCCUUCGAGGUGGCCAACGGCAAGUGGCUGCUGUACCUGACGAAGAUCUCCGUUAAAGGGCAAUCGGAGGUGGACUGUAACCCCGCCGGAGAAGUAGUCAACCCGCUGAACCUGACCCUGUCGGGGAGCGGGCGAAAGCGCGCCAGGCGUCAGGCGGCGCAGGACGACCGAGAGACAAUGAAGCCACAUGUCAUCGAGCCGCAGGCGGCCACCGGGCUGCUCGCUCCUAAGAAAGAGGCGUACACGUUGGAAUGCUCAAAAGGAACAGCGCGAUGUGUGACCUUCACCUGCCCGCUGCUCAACAUGACGGAGUCCGCCGAAGUUCACGUCCGCUCCCGUGUGUGGAACAGCACGAUGCUCGAGGACUUUUCCAAUGCCCUGAGAGUCAAGGUCAAAGGUCGAGCCACUCUGAAGCUGAUUACAGACAAACCGACCAUCCGCAUGGACCCGCAGACCAUCGCGUUCGAGGUAGAAAUAGAGCCACUGGAGGGGGUGGAGACACCGUACGAGCUCCCGCUGUGGAUCAUCAUCUCUGCAGUUGUAGCUGGAAUUCUCCUGCUGGGAAUAAUCAUUGUCAUCCUGUGGAAGCUCGGGUUCUUCAAGCGAGCCGUCUACUACCGGAUAAUGCCAAAGCACCAGGGGGUGAGGAUUCGCAAGGCCGAGCGGCACCAGUUCAAUCUGGGAUUCCAGCUUGAGGAGCCACACAAAAAGUAUUGGGUCACCAACUGGACAGAGAUGCAGCACCACCACCACCACCACUACUACUGAGGCCCCCUCUUUGGGCCCCCGGACCACUCGGCGUCACACUGACACGCGUCGAACAAACAAACAAAAAAAAGCACUCCAUCGAGCCGCGGUUUCCUUUCAGCCUUCAUCGGUGCAAUACCACGAACAGUCGGCCUCCCGCUGAUGGCUGAAUAUUUUCGACGAAUGCAUUGUUGCUAUUGGGGUCGCAUUCCAGAGCAGAUUGUAAAUUGAUUUGAUUAUUGUGUUCGCAUACAUGUUUUUAUCGCAUUCCUUCUGAAUCCUCAAAGCAAUUUCCUUUUUUUAAAAUCUGUUUUCCUCAGAGAACUCUUCUCUGUGCGUCUUUUUCCUGCUGCUUUUUUUUUAGGCAAUGUAGAUAAAAUAUUUCCCCGGUUUCAGGGAAUGAACACCAAGUGGUACGGGGGGGGGAACAUGGUUGUGAUUGGUGAAUAAUGUAUAAACCAGCAUGACAUGAUGUCUGUAUGUGGAAUUAGCAAACGUGUCGAGACGACGGGAGAACGCGCAGAUUAUUAUUUAUUACAGUAAAGAUCUUUAAAAUAUCACAACAGGGAGUCGUCACACUGGAGUUAAUAAUAAUGUUGUAUAUACUGCAGCCUGAGCUCUAGCAUAGAUAGAUAUGUUAUGAAUUGUAGCUUGAGAAAAUGUACCGUGGAAUUGACUAUUUGAAUGAAUGCAGACGUCAUUGGCAUUUGUUGUUCACUUUGUACUUUGGUUAAAAAACAUAACCUGCACUCUGUUUCCAAGCCGUUGUGUUCCCUACUGAGUUCAACCUGCAGAACUGAAAGUAAACCGGACUACGAGGAGACGGUCGCUGCACUCUGAUGGGACUUAAUGUUGCGUUACCACUCGAUUCUGUGUCACUCGAGAGCCCGUCAGGCGUUAUAGAGGUAAAGAGGGACGGGCUGAAGCCAAUGCACAAUCUGUCAUGAUUUUUAAUGUGCAGUUUUAUUGUAAUUAAAUUGUUUCUAACAGCCCUUGAAAAUCAGUUGCUGAUAUUGGAGGAACAGAGGUAGAACGAAUCGCUUUAUUGUAGAAAGUCAGAUUAUAAAGACAUGUGACAGAAGUCAAAUAGUACACAUAGUGUGUCAGUUAUGUUAGCAGUUAAAAAGUUAGGUUCCUAGAAUAGUAUGUUGAAAAAAAGUCAUCAACAUAUAGAAAAGUUAUUGCAUGGCAGAAAAUCCAACUGAUGGUAUAGUACCAUCCGAUAUUGUAUUAUAAUUAGGGCCGGGGUUAAUUAC